AUGGCCGAGAAGGACGAGCACGUGGGCGUCGGCCUCUCUUCCACGGGACACUUUGACCAAGACGUCUACGGCACCAGCACCACUGCCAGCGACCGCUACAGUGCGACUGUCAUCGAAGAAGGAGACGACGACAACGAAGACGAUCAAGCAAAUGAGCCGCAGCCGCAGCGCAGAAACGACCAUCACUCUCGGAAUCAGUCGACUCUGAACUCCGUCCCGUCUCUUGUCUCCCAGCAGAGUGAUGGUCGAAUCGACGACAGUUUCGACCCGUUCGCCGAAGCACGUAGCGGGACGCGCAUUGUGGACCGAGAGAACGCCUACCGCAAGCGGCGCUUUGACCGCCUCUUGUCGCCCGAGCGUGGCGACGCGUUUGGCGAUGACACGCCCGUGCGCAGCUACAAGGAGAUCAUGCAGACGCAGCAGCUGGAGCAGGAGCGCGCCGACGUCGUGCGCCAGAUCCAGCUCAAGCAGAAAGAACAAGACGAGGAGGGGGAGCGAAAGCGGCAACAGCUGCAGCAGAAGGGGCAGCCACUGGACGCGCAGGAUAGCGACGCGACACCGAAACGACGUCGAAAGCGCAUGCGAUGGGACCAAGAAGCGCCUGUAGUGGAUGAAGAGCCAACACCAGAGGGAGAAGGGGGUCGCGUGUCCGAGUGGGACACGGAAGCGUCGGAGACGGCAGAAGCGGUGACGCCUGCACGGACGUCGUCGAGGUGGGACGCGACGCCUGUCACUGCUGAAACCGCUACGCCCGGACGUAAGAAUCGAUGGGAUAAAACGCCCGUGGCAAGUUCAGGCGUGUCGAGAUGGGACGCGACGCCCGUGAAUGUGGGUUGCGUGACGCCUGCAGGGACGGGAAAACGAUCGCGGUGGGAUGAGACACCAGUCUCGGGUUUGAGCGACUUGACGCCGGGGAAGCAUAGCCAGCUCACGCCUGGCGCGUCAAUGACGGACAUUAUGAAUGGAACGUUGACACCUGAGUUGGCGCAACGCAUGCGCUGGGAACGCGAGAUCGAGGAGCGCAAUCGUCCGUUGACGGAUGAAGAGCUUGACGCGCUGUUUCCUGCAACGGGGUACAAAGUUUUGGAUCCUCCAGCGUCCUACGUGCCUAUCCGAACCCCAUCACGGAAGCUGCUUACUACGCCUACGCCAAUGGGUCAGACUCCAGGCUUUGCUAUGCAAGCUACGCCUGCUCGAGAGGAUUAUGGCGUGCCCAUUGGAACGCCAUCGGGUGGCGAUGGUAGUUCCAUGCCGUUCAUCAAGCCAGAGGAUUACCAAUACUUUGGCAAACUAAUGGAUGAAGUAAAUGAAGAAGAACUGGACCCUGAGGCUGCUAGGGAGCGUAAAAUUAUGCGCUUGCUGCUGAGGAUUAAGAAUGGCACUCCGCCGCAGCGAAAGACCGCACUGCGACAGCUCACCGAUAAGGCCCGUGAAUUUGGAGCUGGUGCACUGUUUAACCAGAUUCUGCCGUUGCUUAUGGCGCCUACUCUUGAAGAUCAGGAACGCCAUUUGUUGGUUAAGGUGAUCGACCGCGUGCUUUACAAGCUCGAUGACCUUGUUCGUCCAUAUGUACACAAGAUUCUGGUGGUGAUUGAGCCACUGUUGAUUGAUGAGGACUAUUACGCUCGUGUCGAAGGCCGCGAGAUCAUCUCGAACCUCGCCAAGGCUGCUGGUCUUGCUACUAUGAUUUCUACCAUGCGUCCCGAUAUUGAUAUCGACGACGAGUACGUUCGCAAUACGACAGCUCGCGCCUUCGCUGUUGUCGCCUCAGCAUUGGGUAUCCCUGCUUUACUUCCUUUUCUGAAGGCUGUCUGCCAGUCGCGCAAGUCGUGGCAAGCCCGACACACUGGUAUAAAGAUAGUGCAGCAGGUUGCGAUCUUGAUGGGGUGCGCUGUGUUGCCACAUUUGAAACAUCUUGUAGAAAUCGUCGAGCAUGGGCUUGAGGAUGAGCAGAAGGUUCGCACUAUCACAGCACUCGCCCUGGCCGCUCUAGCUGAAGCUGCACAUCCUUACGGUAUUGAGUCGUUUGACUCAGUCUUGCGACCGCUGUGGCGUGGUACCCGCAAACAUCAUGGCAAAGGCCUAGCGGCGUUUCUGAAGGCAAUCGGGUUCAUUAUCCCUCUCAUGGAUGCCCAGUAUGCGAACUAUUACACAGUUGAGGUAAUGGAGAUCCUGAUUCGUGAGUUUCAAUCGCCCGAUGAGGAAAUGAAAAAAAUCGUGCUAAAGGUGGUAAAGCAGUGUGUUUCGACGGACGGCGUUGAAGCAUCGUACAUCAAGGAGAAGAUUUUACCUGAGUUUUUCCGGCACUUUUGGGUCCGGCGCAUGGCAUUGGACCGACGAAACUACCGCCAGCUAGUGGAGACAACAGUGGAGCUUGCGAAUAAUGUUGGUGCAAGUGAAAUUAUAUCACGAGUAGUAGACGACUUGAAGGAUGAAAGUGAGCCGUACCGUCGCAUGGUGAUGGAAGCGAUUCAGAAGGUUAUCUCGAACCUGGGUGCCACCGAUAUCGGCACAGAACUCGAAGAAAAACUUAUCGAUGGUAUCCUGUAUGCGUUCCAAGAGCAAACGUCGGAUGACACAUUCGUUAUGCUGGAUGGAUUCGGUAUUGUGGUGAAUGCUCUUGGUAUCCGCGCGAAGAACUACUUACCGCAGAUUUGUGGCACAAUCAAGUGGCGGCUGAACAACAAGCCAGCAAAGGUGCGCAUGCAAGCAGCUGAUUUGAUCAAUCGCAUUGCUGUAGUCAUGAAGACGUGUGACCAGGAGCCACUCAUGGGGCAUAUGGGUGUGGUUCUGUAUGAAUACCUCGGUGAAGAGUACCCUGAGGUGCUAGGUAGUAUAUUGGGUGCACUUAAGGCUAUCGUCAAUGUGAUUGGUAUGAGCAAAAUGACGCCGCCCAUCAAGGACCUGCUUCCCCGUCUGACGCCGAUUCUCAAGAAUCGACACGAAAAGGUCCAGGAGAACUGCAUCGCUGAAGGAACGCGGGUUGCCAUGGCCGAUGGUACGUCCAAGUCCAUUGAACUUCUUGUCGAAGGUGACCGCGUGAUGAGUCCUCGCGUUGCCGAGGGCAAUACUGUGGUAGCAGACUUGGAUGCGGCGUGCACGCGUGUCCUCGACAACGGGUCGAGUGAAUGCGUGGAGCUAAAGUUUGAGGACGGUCGCGAGCUUGUCUGCACACCAGACCACCGGUUGUUGCGCUUUGAUGGAAAAUGGCAAACGGCAGGAGAGGUUCCAACCGGCGAUCAAAUAUCUGUUGCAGUGUCAGAGAAGAACACGGCGGCAUCGGGCGAGCUCAGCGUCAAGGUUAUUGGGCUUCGUGUCAUUCAGCGACGCAACGUCGGUGUCAAGCGCAUCUUUGACCUUACUGUUCCCGGUAACGACGCUUUUUUUGCGGCUGGCGUUGCAGUUCACAACUGUAUCGAUUUGGUUGGUCGUAUUGCCGACCGCGGUGCUGAUUUGGUAUCUGCUCGUGAAUGGAUGCGUAUCUGUUUUGAGCUACUAGACAUGCUAAAAGCGCACAAAAAGGGCAUUCGUCGUGCAGCUGUCAACACAUUCGGUUAUAUUGCCAAGGCUAUCGGCCCCCAGGAUGUUUUGCACACCUUGCUGAACAAUUUGAAAGUGCAAGAACGUCAGAACCGCGUGUGCACGACAGUCGCCAUUGCCAUCGUCGCCGAGACGUGCUCACCAUUCACCGUUGUUCCGGCUCUGAUGAAUGAGUACCGUGUGCCCGAGCUGAACGUGCAGAAUGGCGUUCUGAAGGCGUUUUCGUUCAUGUUCGAGUACAUCGGUGAGAUGGGCAAAGACUAUAUCUAUGCAGUGGCACCAUUGUUACAAGACGCGCUGAUGGACCGUGACCUGGUGCAUCGCCAGACCGCAUGCACAACCGUGAAGCACUUGGCGCUGGGUGUAACUGGCUUGGGCUGCGAGGAUGCGCUGGUGCACCUGCUUAACUUUGUAUGGCCCAACAUUUUUGAGACGUCUCCGCAUGUGAUUAACGCCGUGUUUGAAGCAGUGGAAGGCUGUCGCGUGGCGCUCGGCCCGCACGUGAUUCUGCAGUAUGUUCUGCAAGGUCUAUUCCACCCGGCACGUCGUGUGCGUGAGGUGUACUGGAAGAUCUACAACUCGUUGUAUAUGUACGCGCAGGAUGGUUUGACACCCGCUUACCCGGUGCUUGAGGAUGACGGUGUGAAUACGUACAACCGCACGUACCUUGAGCUCGUUAUCUAG